CGCACGGUUCCCCGUUUAGAGCGAGACGAAAAUAGGGUGCGAGGGAAGAGAGAGUGAGAGAGAGGAUAAUCGUCAUUUGUUUUCAGUUUUACUUUUGGGUACCACACUUUGGAGGGAGCGGGAACUCUGAAUUCUGAAACCCACACUCGAAAAUGGCAACUCUUGUGGAGAGAGAUGAAGGCAUGGUUCAAGAAACUCACGACAACAAUGAUAAGGGCGAGGUCGUCUCCGUGGAGCUUCCAGCUCCACAAGGCUGGAAGAAAAAGUUUAUCCCAAAGAAAGGAGGAACGCCCAAGCGCAAUGAGAUUGUAUUUGUUGCACCUACUGGUGAGGAAAUUCGUAACAAGAAGCAACUUGACCAGUAUCUCAAAGCCCACCCUGGUGGUCCUGCUGUAUCAGAGUUUGACUGGGGCACUGGGGACACACCUAGGAGAUCUGCACGAAUAAGCGAAAAGGCAAAGGCCCUAGACUUCCCAGAAAGCGAGCCCAAAAGUAAGCGUGCGAGGAAGUCAUCAAGCUCCAAGAAGGGGCCAAAGGCGAAGAAAGCCAAUGAUGAAGAGAAUGAAGCUCUUGAGGAGGAAGCUGACAAAGAAAAAAGUGACGUGGCUGAUGCCGCUGGUGUUGGAAAGGAGCAUGAUGCUAGUAAAGAGGUUGAAAUGCAAGAUGCUGAGGAUGGCAGGGGAAAAGUGGACAAUAAAGUCAUCGCUGGUGAAGAAAGUGCAAAGCAUGAGGUUGACACUGUCCCUAAGCCAGCAGAAGAUGGGAGCAUAAAGGUGGAGGACAAAGUCACAACUGUUGAAGAAAAUGCAGGGAACGAGGGUGAUAGUGGGACUAAGCUGGUAGGUGAUGCAGGGAAGUCUGUAGUAGAAAAAGUGGGUGGCUCUUGUGAUACCAAUUACAUGGAAAGCAUGAAGGAUAAGGGGGUAACAACUACCGAAGAUGUGGGGCCCGGUGACUCCAAAGCAAAUGAAGAAGUGAAGGAGAAUGUGCUGCCUGACGAUCACAAUAAAGAGGAGAAGAAUGCGACUGCAGAUUGUGAAGUGGGUUCAGUCAACACCGAUGAUGCGAAGGCGUUCGAGGCUACUAAAGAAUCAGCAGCAACAGAGGAGAAGAGUGAAGAGGAAAAAGGCCUUCCAGAAAAUGGAGCUACAACACGCGAGGGUGGAAAGGAGGGAUCGACGACAAAGGAUAUGCAUUCCUUAAACUGUGCAGAUGGCCAGCGACCGGAGCCUUCGCCUGUUAGUUGUUGAAGCUUCGUUUCUUCCUGCACGCACGUGGGAAUUGUUUGUACGUCUAGUGCUAAUUUGUCUCAUUUUAGUUAGUGGAAACUUAGUCUAUAGAUGAACCUUUUCCUUUUGUUCUUUUAUAUUUCCCAUUUUCCUUUUUCUUUUUUGCGUUGUAUGUUGUGAACAGUAUUCCUUGUGACAUCAAUCUUUCAAAGUCUCUAACCUUAUGUAAACAUAUUAUAUUUGACGUGUAUGAGUAUUAUGUUAGGCUUUCAUUGAGGAAGCG